AUGCGGUUUUCGAAGGCUCUCGCUGCUCUUGCCUUGGCUGCCGUCGCCCUCGCGAGCGAUGUCCUUGACCUCACCCCCGACACCUUCGACGAGCUUGUCAACCCUGAGCCCCUCAUGCUCGUAGAAUUCUUCGCGCCGUGGUGCGGGCACUGCAAGGCACUCGCCCCUCACUAUGAGGAGGCAGCGACCGUCCUGAAAGAAAAGGGCAUCAAGCUCGCCAAGGUCAACUGUGUUGAUGAGGCAGACUUGUGCCAGAAGAACGGUGUCCAGGGCUACCCCACGAUACGGGUCUACCGUAACGGUGAACACACCACCUACACGGGAGCCCGGUCAGUGGAGGGUAUCGUUAGCUACAUGACCAAGCAAUCUCUCCCUGCUGUUGGCUCAAUCACGACGGAGAUCUUUAACGAGUUCAAGGGGGCUGACAAGAUUGUUGCUCUUGCCUUCGUUGAGUCUGCGUCUGACCCCCUCGCUGUUGAGUUCAAUGCGACCGCGAACAAGCACCGUGACGAUUACCUCUUCGGCAUGACCACCGACAAGGAGGUCUUCGAAGCUGCCGGCGUCACUCCUCCGGCUGUUAUCCUCUACCGUACAUUCGACGAGCCCGUGACCGAGUACCCGUACCCGAUCUCCUCGCUCACGGCCGACGACCUCGAGAACUGGAUUAAGGAUCUCGCGGUGCCGGUCCUCGACCAGGUCAACGCAGAAAACUACCAGGCGUAUGCGCAGAGCGGCAAGCCGCUCGCGUACCUCUUCCUCGACCCGUCGGACGCGAAGAAGGAGGAGUACAUCGAUCUCGUGAAGCCAGUCGCGGCCAAGUACAAGGGCAAGGUUAACUUCGUGUGGAUCGACGCCAUUCAAUUCGGCGAUCACGCCAAGGCACUGAACCUCAAUGAGGCCAAAUGGCCGGGCUUUGUCGUCCAAGAUCUCCAGAACCAGCUCAAAUACCCGUACGACCAGUCGCAUGAGCUCGAGGCCGCAUCCCUUGGCGCGCUCGUCGAGGGCUUCCUCGACGGCACGAUCGAGCCGUCGCUCAAGAGUCAGCCUAUCCCCGAUGAGCAGAAGGAGAACGUCUUUGAGCUCGUCGGCAGGCAGUUCGAUGAUGUCGUCUUCGACGAUAGCAAGGACGUCUUCGUCGAGUUCUUCGCUCCCUGGUGCGGUCACUGCAAGCGUCUCAAGGCAACUUGGGACUCGCUUGCCGACCGCUACGCUGAUGUCCAGGACCGUCUUGUUAUUGCCAAGAUGGAUGCCACCGAAAACGACCUCCCGCCGUCUGCUAACUUCCGGGUCGCUGGCUUCCCGACGCUCAAGUUCAAGAAGGCAGGCAGCUCAGAGUUCAUCGACUAUGACGGCGACCGCUCGCUGGAGAGCCUUGUUGCAUUCAUUGAGGAGAACGCGGCUAACUCGCUCGAGAAGAAGAACGAGUCUGCGCCACCACCGCCGACGCCCGAGGCGCAGGAGCCCCUUGGACACGACCACCAUGACGAGCUGUGAUUUAAUUUAUAUAUAUGGGUGUCUGCAUCGGACUGGAGUUUCUCUUGUAUCUUUUGUUUCUUUUCAUUCUUAUGUGCAUCUCAUACCGUAAUUGAACAUCUGCUUACGCCUCAAAGAGUGUCCGCGA